AGUAAAACUAGGCUUUAACUUGCCAUGGGAAAGUUAGAAAUUCUAUCCAGGACGAAUUUAUAGUUUAGUAGCGUAUCAUGAGGACUCCUGUGCUGCAUCGUUCACAUGAAUCUGGAUUUCCCGACAGGACCGAAGUCCAAUUUAAUGGCCUGAAAAACCAAGGUGCCACCUGCUACUUGAACGCAGUAUUGCAAUGUCUUUUCAUGACCCAAGAAUUCAGACAUGAAGUGGAGAGUUAUGAACCAGACCCUGCAGGAGACUGUGCCGAGGACAAUCUUUUGCUACAACUUCAGAAGCUGUUUAGACAGCUCUCUGAAAAUGUUGCCACGAGUGAAGGAAUAACCAGAUGUCUUGGUAUAAGAAAUGUUUAUGAGCAACAAGAUGCAGUGGAGUAUUAUCGGAAACUGUUAAAAACAGUGGGGACACCUGCCUCUAAGGUCUUUGAAGGGAAAAUGAGCAACAUAACUAAAUGUAUAUGUGGCAAUGAAAACAAGGAAACCAACCCCUUCAUCUCAAUACUUCUGUCCAUCGAGGUUGGAAACAAUGAGAAGUAUAAUGUGGAAAAAGGUCUGGAGAGCUUCUUCAAACAUUCUAAACUAGAGCAGGAUGACUGGAUGUAUUGUGAUGAAUGUGACCACAAAACAGAAACACACACUUGGAGUGAAAUAGAUGAGUAUCCCACUGUUCUCACUCUGCAUCUGAAGCGCUUUGACUUUGAUUACAUACAGAUGAGAUACGUGAAAAAUGAAUGUCCUCUGGAUGUUCCUCCCAGUCUACACAUUAAGGAUUAUAAAUACAAUCUUUAUGCCGUAAUUAACCAUAGGGGUGGAUACAGUGGUGGACACUACGAUGCUAUCAUCAGACCUUAUCAAAAUCAGAAAUGGUAUUGUUUUGAUGACAGCACAGUAACAGAGAUGUCAGAAGCAUUACUGCAAGGCUCAAGACUACCAUACAUGCUAAUGUACAGAAAAGAAGAUGCAUGUAAAGAGUUGUUGUUCAAAACUGCAGAGUUGAGACUUACAGGCAUCAUUGCACAUCAUCUGAGGAUCCUUUUGCUAGGGCCGUCAAGGUCUGGAAAAAGUACAGUAGGCAACCUCAUUCUCGGUGUGAAUUACUUUCUUUGCAAGCAUGGUUCGAAAACUGUGACCAAAAAGUCCACAAAAAAGACAGUUGAAAAUGUCACCGUAGUAGACACUCCAAAUCUGUUUUCCCUCACCCAAUCAAGCUGGGAAAAGGAAUUAAAUAGAUGCACUGAGUUAUCCCACCCUGGCCCCAAUGUGAUUCUCUGGGUAAUAAGAAUUUCCAAGUUUAGUGAUCAACAGCAAGGUCUUUUUCAUACCAUUAAAAAACGACUAGGUUCAGGGACCACAAAACACAUGAUGGUUGUCUUCACAAACGGCAGAGAGCUUAAAAGGCUCAGGCAACCCAUUCACACAUUCCUUUCCAAAUGUGACAAGCUCAAAAAAGUGGUUCGUAUUUGUCAGAAUAGGUACCAUGUCAUUGACACCAGUGAUGUAAAUAGCAAUCAGAUCCCAGAGUUGGUUGACAAACUUGACAAGAUAGUGACAGAAAACAGUGGUAAUUACUGCACAUUUAGAAGAUGCAUUGCACAAAAAAGUCCCCAAGAGGAAGCAGAGAAACAGUAAAAUAUUAAAGGGAUAGUUCACCCAAAAAUUUAAAUUCACUCAUCAUUUACUCAACCUCAUGUCAUCCCAGAUGUAAGCUCCAUCCCAUAUUGAAGCUCCAAAAAACAAAGGCAGCAUAAAAGUGUUUAAAUCCAUAUCUUCAGAAGUGUUAUGAUUGGUGUGGGUGAGAAACAGAUCAAUAUUUAAGUCCUUUUUUACUAUAAAUCUCCACCUUUGACCAGCCCGAACAAGUAGGUGCAGGACAAAAUGCAAAUUGCCAAAAAAGCAAAAAAAAAAAAAAAAAAGAAAAAAAAGAAAGUGAAAGUGGAGAGUUAUAGUAAAAAAAGGACUUAAAUAUUGAUCUGUUUCUCACCCACACCUAUCAUAUUGUUUUUGAAGACAUGGAUUUAACCACUGGAGUUGAAUUGAUUACUUUUAUGCUGCCUUUAUGUGAUUUAUGGACUUUUAAAGUUCUGGUCAUCAUUCACUUGCAUUGUAUGAACCUACAGAGCUGAGAUAUGCUUUUAAAAAUCUUUGUUUGUGUUCAGCAGAAGAAAGAAAGUCAUACACAUCUGGGAUGGCAUGAGUGAGAGUAAAUGAUGAGAGAAAUCUCAUUUUUGGGUGAACUAUUCCUUUAAGCCUGAUUUGCAUCUGUAGAUAACAGAACAAAUAUUUAGUGUCUUGCAGACAAAAUUAAAGUGUUCAAGUUUAAAGUGUACAAAACCCGAAAUACUUGAGUUAUACAGUAUAAGAAAGAUGAAAUUGUUUGAAAUGCUCAGAACCACUAAAUGUUUUUAAUUUUAUUCUGUUAUUGGGUGUUUCAGCUGUUAAAUUAAGUGUUUAAUGAUAGUAAUACAAAUGUGCAGUUGCCUUUGUUCCACUUUGUGUCACUUACAUAUUCUCGAACACUAAAAUUAUUCUAAAUAGUCAAUUAUAAUAGUCUAAUCUAAUACAUUUUCUUUAUUUUCCAUUGCAAUUUUUGUACAUUGUUUUAUGUAAAUUAUUGUCAUUGGUGUAUAUUGUCAUUUAAAAUGCAAUUUGCCAUUUGGGUUCUUCAUAUAAAAAGUAACAUCACAAUCAAAACCAUAAUAAAACACUUGUUAAAAAAUGUUGUAAAAGUUGUAACUGAAAAUAAACAACAUAAGCAUAAAACAUCUGUGAUGCUUUAACAAGAAAUGAAAAAAAAAAAAAAAACCAGUAGAA